UACCGCCGAGAGCGGGCCUUGGGCAGGGGCGCCUUCGGGUCCGUGUCGCUCGUCGUCUCGCUCCUGACGAGGCAGCGCGCCGCGAUGAAGACGAUCGAUCGCUCCAAGCUGCACACGCCGGCGCUGAGGCGGACGGUGGAGCAGGAGGUGAGGGUGCUCAAGCGGCUGCGGCACGCUGGCGUGGCGAGGCUGUUCGAGGUCAUCUCCACGCCUCGCGCCAUCCACAUCGUGAUGGAGUACUCUGCGGGCGGGACGCUGCAGCAGCUGGUCACCUCGCUGCGGAGGCUCGGCGAGGCGCGCGCGCGGCCGCUCUUCGCGCAGAUGGUCGGCGCGGUGGACUACUGCCACGAGGCGGGCGUCUGCCACCGCGACCUCAAGCUGGACAACUUCGUGCUGGACGGCUCGCUCACGCGCGUGCAGCUGAUCGACUUUGGGCUCGCGUGCGUCUGCCGGAGGGAGACGGCGCUCCACCGCUCGUACGGCACGCCCUGCUACAGCGCGCCCGAGAUCUUCGGCGGCGAGGUGUACCGCGGGCCGCAGGUCGACAUGUGGUCGCUCGGCGUGGCGCUCGCGACAAUGCUCGCGGGCGUGCUGCCCUUCCAGGCCCGCACUGCACCCGCCCGCCGCCAUCCGCCGCCGCGCACCUCGCACCCCCCCUCCCCUCGCCAGGCGUGUUCCGCCGCCGAGCUCAAGAGGCGCGUCGUCUCGGGCCGCUUCGAGCUGCCCAGCACAGUCUCGCCCGAGGCGUGCUCGCUCGUCGGGUCGCUCCUCUGCCUGUCGCCCGAGCAGCGCGCAGACGCACGCGCGGUGCGCGCGAGCCGUUGGCUCACGGGAGUGGACGCGAGGCUGCCGCCGCCCGGCAGUGACCCGCCCGCCGAGGGCACGCCGCUCGACGGCGAGACGAUCGCCCGCCUGGAGCAGCUCGGCUUGAGGCGGCGGGAGGUCGAGGCGUCUGUAAAGGAGCAGCUCUUUGACCACCCGUCCGCUUGCUACGAGAUGCUGCUGCUGGCGAGGUUGCGC